UUUUUAAUUUGGGGUACUACACUCCCGGCCGGGGCGGGCCAUACAACACACACACACACAAAAUUUAGAUUAAGGAUAAAGGUGGCUAGGAUGUGGUUUUUGUCUUGGCCACCCAAUUUUUUUGGGUCUCUAUAUGCAGUAAUCUUCACGUGGUGAGACCUGGGCCCUCUAUAUUAUUUAAAAUCACGGCAGCUCGGCAGCAGAUCUUCCCUGGCACCGGGAAUUGUAUAAAAAUAUGAGAGUUUACAGAGCAAAGCAACUUGUAUCUCAAUUCAAAGUAACAAAUACUUGCUAGUUACCAUAGCAGUUACCGGUCGGUGAGCAUUGGGGACAAAAAGUCGAUUAAUCGGCUACCGGUCGGUAAAGUGUUAAGAAAAACUCGAGUUGCUGAUAGAUACCAGAAAAAAAGGCUUCUAAUGCAAAGGGUUAAUAUGACAAGGCAAAUAGAAACAAACAAGUUGAUAUCUGAGCUAAAGAGAUAUUUUUCGCAUUAAUUAAAUGUCACGCAUCAGACGUAACAUUUGAAUAAUAUUAUAGGUACCAUGCCAUCGAACAAUUGAAUGAAAUAUUGUACGUACAAAUAAACGUGGCGCAUUCUAAGAUAAUACGAAAUGUAGUAAGAUGGAAAGAUUUUUCGACACCGUCGAGAUAUAAUAUAACAUAAUAUAAUACCGAGAUAGGAAAAUGGAAUUGCAAGAAACGGAAAAGAGAAUGCGUUCUGUGAAUGCACGAUUCGUAGCAUACUUGGAGAAACAUCGAAUAUACCAACUAUUCCACGACAUUGCUGUUCAGUUGAUGAUACAAAAACCGGACGAUCAUCUUGUAUUUAUGAAGCAGUACGUCCAUCUCGCGAUGAAAAGGAUGGAUGUUCCCAGGAUUAUUCUUAUCGCACCUCCAACGUUUGAUAGAGUGGCUCUGUCGAGAGUUCUUCAGGAGGAGUUGGGUAUUCGUCCUUUGGCUUUAAAAGAUCUCGAAAAAGACAAAGUCUGCCACUGCGUGGAAUCGGAAGAUGUUGCGUUGGCUAUGAGAAGAAUUCUCGAAAACGGAAUGCUACACGAAUGCGGGUGGCUGCUCAUUGAUUUACCGCGCUCGAGGAAGGAGGCACGAGUGUUUCAACGUUACGGAAUUCUACCGACUCACGCGAUACAGUUGAUAACAUCAAACGAUACCGACAACUGGGAAUGGGAACACGGUUGCAAGGACGCUUGUUGCAGUAAAGCUUGUAAUUCGAUUAAUUUGCCGAAAAAAUUGGAAGAUGCUCGUUAUUCGAGAAAAUUGCGGGAACUGCGGGAAGCGUACGCGAAUUGUUUAAUAGAGGUCGAAGUUGGAAUCCGAACCGUUGACGAACUUGGAAGAGACAUCGCGAAAUUAGCGAAAACAAGGAAACAUUCCAGAGCACCGAUGGCGUCGCCGUCGGUAUUUCGCAUCGCGCUUAUUGGGUCCAGAGGAUCCGGUUGUAACGCUUUAGCGAAAUCCUUGGCCGAGAGAUUCAACCUUGAUCACAUCGAUUACGAUUACGUCGCGGAACAGGCACGUUUACAGCAAAAUCCUUUGGGAGAGAAGCUUCGAGCGUUCGAGUACAGAUGGGGAGGAAGACCUAAGCCUGAGAUCAGGAUAGAAAUUGUUCAAAAACACAUAUUAGGAUACGAAUGCUCGAGGAACGGUUGGGUGUUGACUGGUUAUCCAAAGUCGGUAGACGACUUUAAACUGUUGGACCUGAGUUCCGCUCCUCCGAAUAGAGUGAUUUUUCUCGAGGUAAACGGCGAUGUCUGCAGAGAAAGGUUGCUCAAUCGCCGAUACAACAUCGUCACUGGUAGCGAGCACACCUUGUCUACAAAAAAUUACCUCGACACGGAUAACUGCAAAUUAGCUGUACAUCCGAAUGAUUACAGACUAAUCGUCGAACGAGACCUCCAAGAGUACGAAGAAAAUGUAGCCGACAUGUUGCGAUACGCAGGGGACUCCGCGGUGAAAGUCGAUGGGAACGAGGACGAGAAAGUCGUUCGGGAAAAAGUCGAAGCAUACUUGAUGGGUCCGGCAUUGAAAUCUCAGUUUAGAGUACCAAGACUUCCAGCUGAGAUCGAUCCAAUGGAGAUCGAAUUCGAACCCGACGACGAACCCGAUUCCAGCCUAUUCGACGAUAUACGCGCAUCCGAGCCUACCUACACUUUCGACUAACGAUCCUGCAUUCUGCUAACUUCCAAAUAACUUGUCGCGUCGAACGGAGCAAAACUGUACAACAUUGAUUGGAAAUCAUAAAACAACGGUAACGUUGCGUGGAUAUCAAUUCGCUUGAGGCGCGCA